AUGGGAACUUGCUUCUCAAUUUUGAAGUCUGGAAAAAGCGAGAAUGCGAUUGUUCGAAUUCAACAAGGAUUCCUCGAAGGGUUUUGUGUCCAAACCGCAAAAGGUGACCUCUGUGAUGUGUUCCACGGAAUCCCUUACGCAGAACCUCCAAUUGGAAAACUGAGAUUCCAGAAACCUCAGCCACCUAAAGCAUGGGAAGGGAUUCGAAAAUGUAACAAAUACCCGAAUCGUUCGAUUCACAAAGAAAUGCCAUGGGAUAAAGCUUUACCAAGUGCAAAUCAGAGUGAAGAUUGUCUCUACUUGAAUGUGUUUGCUCCAAAGAUCAGAGAAGAUAAGGCAAGAACAUCUGCAAACUCCUUGUCUCACGGGAAAUCAUUGUGGUGACCUUCCAUUAUCGUCUAGGCUUCCUCGGCUUCCUAUCAACAGGAGAUGACGUGUGUCCCGGAAACUAUGGACUUUUUGACAUGCUUGAGGCAAUGAGAUGGGUCCAUGCCAACAUUUCCUCCUUUGGUGGUGAUCCAGAAAAUAUCACACUUUCUGGACAAUCAGCUGGUGCAGCUGCUGCAGGUCUUCUCUCAUUCUCCCCACUCACCAAAGGUCUUUUUAAAAGAAAAAUUGUGAUGGGUGGAAACUCAUAUUGCCACUGGGCAACGACCUCCAAUCAUCAUAUCAGAGAAUAUUGCAAGAAGUGGGCGAAACGACUCGGCUGGAAACCCCAACUAAACUACGCGAACAAACGGGAAGAAAGUGUCGACAUCUUCAAUUUUUUCUAUGGAUUGCCCACUUCAAAACUUGGUAUGACAAUGUUCUUCUCUAACACAAUUUUCAAAGAGUGCCACUUGCACUUCCACUUCCACUUGCUCCAGUUAUUGAUAAAGAGAUUCUCCCACACAACUGGAAACUUCUCCGAGAAACUCAAGAGCAUGUGCCCUCAAUUGUUGGUGGCGGAGAGUACGAAGGUCUUUUUUUCUGUGCAAUUGGUUUGCUACGGGGUACAGAGAAGGAAAUUGACAGCGCCAUCGACGUUUUGUCUAGGAAAAACGGAUUAUCCAGGUCAAAAAUCGAAACGAUGACCGAGAAGGUUUAUGGUGAUUCGCCAGCACUGAGAGCAGACUUGAAAGCCAGAAAAAUGCUUUUUGUGCAGCUCAUUUCCGACAUUUUCGCCAACUAUGGGAUCUAUCGGUUUAUGAGAGACUGCCAACAGCGAAGUGUCGAAUGCUAUGGCUAUUCAUUUGACCAUCGAAGUAAACGAAUGUGGGGAUGGCUACAGCACGUGGCUCCAUUUACCGGUGGAACUCAUACCUCUGAAAUUACUUACCUGUUUGACUGCAAUGCCUUGUCCACGCCACUUGGAAUGAGCAAAACUGACAAAGUAGUUAGUGGAAUGACCGCCGAUUACUAUACAAACUUCGUCAAGUUUGGAACACCAAACGGACUAAAUUCCCAAUUACCAAAAUGGGAACGGAUUUCACCAGACGAUGAGCACAUGAAAUUGAUCAGUAUAAAACCAGAACCAGAAAUGAAAACGGUAGUUUAUGGAUAUCGCAUGCAACACUUUGAAGAUUGUCUCCAACAACCCGAAGUUCCUCCAGGUGGAAUUAAAAUUGACGAAAGUCAAGAAAUCGUUCAAAAGCACGACGAAUGA